AUGAUAUUGUUAGACUACCACAACGUUGUAGUUGAAGAAACGUUGCAACCUUUGGUGAGUCUGGAAGCUACGGCCUUGGAUUCCACGGUGGUAGAUUUCGAUGGUGUAGUCUACCGAAUCUCGACCCCAACCUUAAAAACUGUCAUACGCUUCUCCCUCUCAUGGCAAUGUUUUAACGAACUUGUAAAGUGGGGUGCUAACGACAUGCUUAAAAAAUAUUAUGGACCAUAUCUUUGUGACGAGGUUGAAAGCGGAUAUAAUUUAACGCUUGAAUUCAAUUUGAAGGAACUUCCCGAAGCCAAAGAGGAUAGAGAAGAACUGGUCAAUAAAUUAUCUCUUAUCAAGCGAAAUCUUUUGGCCCAACCCUUCGAACGUGCCUUUACACAGCAAAGACAAUUCGAAGAUGAAAACCAACCAGAUCCUACACCGGAUCUUAUGCAAAUUCAGUAUCGAGAGCAAGAAGCGAUUUAUAUCCAGGCACAACAUGAUCGGGUAACCGUGAUUUUUUCGACCUUGUUUAAAGAGGAAACUGAUAAGAUUUUCGGCAAAGUUUUUCUACAAGAAUUUGUAGAUGCUCGUCGUCGUCCUGCUAUCCAAAAUGCACCACAAGUUCUCUACUCUAAUAAGGAACCUCCUCUAGAAAUUAGGCACUUACCUGAACUACAAUCUCUGGGAGACAAUGAAGAAAUUGGCUACGUGACUUUUGGUCAGCAUUAA